CUAGAAACCGAAUGCGUCAACCGUACGGUAUCCAGCUCCAAGCAUCUUGACGUCCGUCAUAUCUUCUCUGAGGCCUAAAGCAACAGGAUUCAUUCCGAGUGCAGAGCCACAACAUUCACCUUGCAGCGUCGAGGUCAGGAGGUUCACCACCAGCCACGGGGUUGUUACCACCUGCAGCCAUGCUGCUGCUACUUCUCUCCAUGUUGCACCUUGCCUCAGGGAUGAGCUUCAUGACUCCUGAAGGAGAAGCCACCCAGAGUCCUGGCUCCGCCGGGCUUGGAGGCCUGCUGCACAGCCCCCCACGCAGUACGACCACGAACCCGACGCAGGCGGUUCCUGGGGCUGGCCACCCCCCUGAGACCACCCCCAUCUCCCCUGGAGUGCUCACCACGGCCCUUACCUCAUCCCCGCCCGCCGCGGUUGAGGAGGAGACCACCACAACCUUGAUCACCACCACCACUAUCACCACCAUGCACUCGCCAGUGCAGUGCAACGCCACACUAUCAGGGAUGGAGGACUCAGUGGAAUCCCCCGACCCAACUGCCUCCUCCUCCUCCUCCUCCUCCUCCACCUCCUCCAUGGCUCCCCUGGAGUGCACGUACAGCAUCACUGUGUACUCUGGAUACGGGGUGGAGAUCCAGGUGAGAAAGGUGAACCUCUCGAAAGAGGAGUCUCUGACCAUCCUUGGAUACGGAGGGGUGGGGCCAGAGUUGUUGGCCAAUGAGACCCUGAUGAGGGAGGGACAGGUGAUACGCAGCACAACCAACCAGGUGUACAUUCACUAUCGCAGUCUCCGCCAGACCAAUCACGGCAUGUUCAGCCUCCACUAUCAAGCCUUUCUGCUGUACUGUCCCUUCCCGGCGUCUCCUGAAGGGGGGGGCGUGACCGUGACGGAUAUUCAUCCAGGAGGUCAGGCCCACUUCCACUGUGACCCCGGCUUCCAGGUCAGGGGUCAUGAGACCGCGACAUGUGUGAACGCCACGCAGCCCCACUGGAGCACGCCGGAGCCGCAGUGUGUUGCUGUGUCUUGCGGCGGAUGGAUUCCUAAUGCCACUGUGGGCCGCAUACUCUCCCCUCCGCCACCAUCUGUCAGCAACCAUAGCAACGGCAACAACCUGAGCUGCCAUUGGUUGAUCGAGGCCCGGGAUGGGCACAAGCUCCACCUCCACUUUGAGAGGGUAGCCCUUGAUGAGGAUGAGGAUAAGCUCCUGGUGCGCAACGGGAACAGCUCUCAGGCCCCGGUGCUGUUCGACUCGGACCUGGAUGACGUACCGGAGCGGGGGCUUGUGAGCGAGGGCUCCACGCUGUACCUGGAGCUGACCACAGACUCCUCCUCCAUCCCCCUGCUCCUUGCCCUGCGCUACGAGGCUUUUGAUGGGGAACAUUGCUGGGAACCCUACAUGCCCCACGGUAACUUCAGCAGUUCGGACAUCACCUUCCAGCUGGGCACGAUGGUAACAUUUGCCUGCUCCCCGGGCUUCGUCAUGGAGCAGGGGUCAGGCUCCAUCGAAUGCGUGGACCCCAGCGACCCGCGCUGGAACGAGAGCGAGCCAGUGUGCCGGGCUGUGUGUGGGGGGGACCUGAUGGAGCCCUCAGGCACCGUGCUAUCUCCUGAUUGGCCACAGAGCUACUCCAAGGGGCAGGACUGUGUGUGGCAGAUCCAUGGCAACGAGGAGAAGCGCAUUGAGCUGGAUGUGCAGAUUUUGAACAUACGCCACAAUGACGUGCUGACCGUCUACGAUGGACAUGACCUCAUGUCCCACGUGAUUGGCCAGUACCUGGGGUCCAGAGAGCGCUUCCAGGUGGUGUCAGGCGGGUCAGAGAUCACCAUUCAGUUCCAGAGCGAUCCCGAUGAUUCCAGCUUCAUCCUCAGCCAGGGGUUCCUGAUUCAUUAUCGCGAGGUGGAGCCAAAUGACACCUGCCCCACCCUCCCUCAGAUUGAGUUUGGUUGGAUAAGCUCCUCCCAUUCCACCCCUGUCCGAGGCAGUGUCUUGACCUAUCAAUGCCAACCAGGAUAUGACAUCAGUGGUUCUGACAUCAUCACUUGCCAAUGGGAUCUCUCAUGGAGCAACAGUCCUCCUACGUGUGUCAAAGUACAGCAGUGCCCUGAUCCUGGGGAGGUGGUGAACGGAGCUCGCUCCGUGAGGCCCGAGGCUGGCUUUGCGGUCGGCACGGUAGUCCGCUUCUCCUGUAACCAAGGUUACCAGCUGGAAGGCCCCAGCCAAAUCUCCUGCCAUGCCCGGGACACUGGCACACCAAAGUGGAGUGACCGCAGCCCAAAAUGCGUCCUGAAGUACGACCCGUGUCCGAACCCGGGCGUUCCCGACAACGGUUACCAGACACUAUACAAGCACAGUUACCAGGCGGGGGAGACCCUGCGCUUCUUCUGCUAUGAGAACUACGAGCUGGUGGGUGAGGUCAUCAUCCACUGCAUCCCAGGACACCCCUCCCAGUGGAACAGCCCGCCACCAUUUUGUAAAGUGGCCUACGAGGAUCUCUUGGAUGACCACAAGUUAGAAGUUUCCCAGUCGUUCGAACCUUCUCACCAGAUCCUGAGCGAGAACAUUGCUUUGGCAAUCAUCUUGCCAAUCAUCCUGGUCAUCCUUCUAAUUGGAGGAAUUUACAUGUAUUAUACAAACAUCUGUAGACUGGAAUGGAAGCCUCUUUUCUGGAAGACCUUUUCCCAUACACACUCUUAUAGUCCGAUAACAGUGGAGUCCGAUUUCAACAACCCUCUGUAUGAGGCUGGGGAUACACGAGAAUAUGAAGUAUCCAUUUAAUGGAGUGAGAGAGAGAAACAAAACUCUUUCCAAACCACAAAGAUUAAUAAAAACAAAACAUACUCCAAGAGGGCCAGUACCCGUGUAAUACUCUUCUCCAUGUAUUUAUUUUGUACUACCCACCGUGACCCCAAACAUAGCCCUGUAAUGUGAUCCAUCAGAGGCGGUGUGGGUCUCCUCUCUGCCGCCCGACUUGCUCCGUCAUUGAGAUUGGUGCCUUGCGAAAAAAAGUAGGUUUCAAAAUGAAAAAAACUACCAAAAUGAUGUGAAAACUUUGCAAUACUAGACACUGGUCAAUGCAAAAACGGGCAUGAACGAACAUUGUGGUUCAUUUUAUUUAUUAACAAUUCAUAUUAAAUCUAAAUAUGAAUAAAGAUGCAUAGAUAUAUCCAUAUUUACAUAACACAUAAUGCUCAUUAAUCACCAGUAUUUCUGAUUUGUUUCUACCCCUGUAUCUGUAAGGUUUCUGUAUAAUAUAAACUCACCCAGACACAUACAUUGAAUGUAAAUAUUUAACCUAUUAUUGAGGCUCAUAUAUAUAAAUAUAUACACUUAUACAUGGUGGGGGUUGGGGUUGGGUGUAUUUUCAUUAUAUAUCUGUAAUGAACAAUUCAGUGCCAAAAUAUAAAGUUGCAUAAUCUAGUGUUUCAUCUCUUGUUGCCAUAUAGUGUUUAAGACAUGGAUAUUUAGAAAGCCAGCAUUUAAUUUAAAUCUUUGCUGUUUUUGGAGUGUAUUUUUCACAUGACAAUGUGGAUCCGGUGGCAGCAUAAUGACAUGAAUGUCAUUAUGUGUACAUGCCUACACGCAGCAUGCACUGAUUGUAAAUGACAUUGCUUCUACUGAAACGUUCCAUUAUAGUUAUUGGACAUUGACAUUGUUAUCAGAUUUGAUGUU